CGAGUGACAAUGUAUGUACGGAAAUCGGUCUCCUCAAUAUUACUCCGUGAGGUAGCCAUAGCCAUUAAACUUAGUGUGGUGUUGCCACGCUGAUUGCUUCACUAAUAUGGGAUGUAUACGUAUAUUAUAGGUUUGUUUGUGUCUUGAACGAUAGUGUACAAACCUAAUCAAAAUUUUUGCUAAAAAUUUGGGAGAAAGGCAAUGGCGUUUUGGAUCGACCUGAGUUUAAACUUUUGGAGCAAUUUCGCGCUCGUGAACUACCUUAAAUUUUGAAUUUGUCGUACAGUAAGAAAGUACUGUAGCUGCUGCAAACAGAGAUUGCUGACCUUCAACUAUGACAAUGACACGUUUUCCUCGAAAAAAGAUUAUUCCAAUGGAGGUGACUUUAGAGGAAGCUAAGACUAAGAAGGAUGGUCUAGUGGUGAUGGUUGCCGGAACGAAAGGGCUCGGAUUUCAGAUAAUAGAGGAUGGAAAGCCUCGGGAAAUGGACCAGGUGGAGUCUGACCAUUUUUAUGAGAUAAACAGGAAAAAAGUUAUUACUAGUCCAGAGCAAUUUUUUGUACCGAUAUUCAAACCUGUGGACAAGCAGAAGGUAAUGCGUAAAGAUCCUACAACUGGCAAAUAUAAACGAAUUGGAACAAUCAACAGAAGAGGAGUUGCUGUAUUAUACAAUAGAUCAGAUAGUCUCAGAAAGAUGGAUCGGUUGGACGAUGAUAACAAUCCUGUUGCAAUAUAUAUAGCACCCAGAUGGCGCAAACUGCAACCACCGAAGACACUAGAUGCACUCCCUGUUCCAGAGGGAAGAUCGCGGCUCUUUAUUCACUGAAAGUUCUGAUGAACUUUUACGAAAAUUAGUAUAAAUAAUAUAACAUGUAUUGGAUGGAUCUUGUUUUAGUGAAGACUUUUGUGUAUAAAAUGGUUUGUAAAAUAGUUUGUAAAAUGUUUGUAAAAUAGUUUGUAAAAUAGUUUUUAAAAUAGUUUGUAAAAUAGUUUGUACAAUCGUUCAUAAAAUAGUUUGUAAAAUAGUUUUUAAACGAUUUGGCUCCUCCUGGGGGUUUUUGCCACAAAUGUGUUUUUCCGGCCGGGCUGCACUGUAGCACAAUCGUA